AUUCAGUCUCUCCAUGUUCAGGCUUUCUACCUUCAAGAUCAAGAAGUCAACAAAUUGAACCUCAUACUCUGCUCACUGUCGUAAAAAGUCUGACCAAAGCCCAUCAUCUAGUUAUUCAUACAUACAUACGUCUCGGCAUGGCCUCGAUACUGCGGGUUCCCUCGCUACGCGCCAAUUUAAUGCAUGGCUUCCUCCGCAAAGGUGCACGCGCAAUGAUCUAUCCUCGCCAAAUAUCAUCUUGCCUAGUGCGUCAAGCUCCAAUCAACAAGAACUCUGCCUCGAAAGACCCUCGAGAUCACGGGGAGAGACCCGGGUAUUGGAAGUACGAUCUCAGCUUCAAGGGUCAGAUGGGAAAGGCUGUCUUCUUCGUGACCUUGAUGUUGGUGGGCUCUGUGGAGAGCUGGUCCUGGUAUCGAGAUGUUCGAAGUUGGUGGAAAGGGGUUCCAGAUGAUGGCGCCGAAUAGACCAUUUUGUCCUGUUGAUCUCUACUGCGAUUAUGUGGUAGAUGGUGAAUGUACACAUUUUGUGCACAUUUCUUUGUGUGGCGGAAAUAUCCGUCGCUACAAGCACGACAUAUUCUGGGUGACAUCUUCUGCAGCGAUAUAUGGCAUGUGACAAGGAGCAAUAGGAGCCUCGAUCAAUCGUGCGUGGCUCAUACCGGUCGAGCAGAUCAUGCUCUUGAUGUUCUUGAAGGCCAUGUGAGGCAUCACGUUUUGUCAUCGUGAGAAGGGAAACCGAUCAAUGUGAGAGGAAAAUGUGCACAGAUAUGUUCAAACGAACUGUUGAAGAGCAGGAGUUGCGUCCAACUACAAGGGAUUCUAGACAGACGUUGCAAGACCGGGCUACUUUCUGCAGGGAACCAAUUCUAUCCUCUGCGAGAGAUCGCACCCCCGUCUCGGACUCGAGAUUAUUGCGGCGUCUCUAGCACUAUUUAUUCAAUCACCGCUUAACAAAGG